UCACAGCUGCGCGGUGGCCGGCCUCGGGAUGAUACCGGCCGGAAGGUACUGUUGCGGGUUGUACGGGCAGCAGCAGCAGCAUCAACACCAACACCAGCAGCAGCACCAGCAUCAUCACGUCUCGGGGGGCGGUCGUGUCGCGGUGCAGGAGACGAAUCCUCUCGCGACUACAAGCGGGACGGCAUCGGCGACAGCGUCUCUCUGUGUUCCUAAAGCGGCGACAGCAGCCCUCGCUCGGGGUAGUGUCCAGCAGACAGCAGCAGCAGCAGGACGUCGAGACGAACGCGGCAACAGCUGCAGCAGCAACAACAGCGGCAGCGGCGGCAGUAACGGCGCCCUGCGAGGCGCUGCGACCGCCCUGCAAAUCCGCGCCGAUCGGGGUGACGCGGAGUCUCUCGGGCCAGUGCCGGGGCCCGAAGGGUCGCACGGACACCCAGGGUCGGGGUCCCAUGUGGUGGUGGUGGCCGCGGCGGCGGCGGCGGCAGCGAUAGGAGUAGCGGCGACGGGAGGGCGGCAGCAGCAGCAGCAGCAUCGGGAGGAGCAGCAGCAGCACCAGAUUUUCCCUUGGAUGAGGAGGUCGCAUCAAGCUCAGGAAGGCCAGGACUCACGACGAGCCCGUACCGCCUACUCGCGCUACCAGACGCUGGAGCUGGAGAAGGAGUUCCACUUCAACCGCUACCUCACCCGCCGGCGACGCGUCGAGAUCGCCCACUCGCUCUGCCUCACCGAGCGCCAGAUCAAGAUCUGGUUCCAGAACCGCCGCAUGAAGUGGAAGAAGGAGACCCGGACGGGCGGAGGAGGGUUAGCGCACCUCGCCUCAUCAACGCAGCGAUCCUCGGAGUUGGAGAUCCAGCCAAGGUGAUAUCCAUCGGUGGCGGGGUGACAUCUGAACCGGGUUUCGCCCGCCCCAUCCGCCCACUUCCCUUCACCGAGCUGCACUGACCAGCAUGGCGAGGUAUGGUCAAACAACCCCAACUCCCCCAUGUACAACAUGACGUGGGGAGGCCUCCAUACAAGAUUGACACAACUAUCGCCAUAGAACAACAACAAUAACAACAAUAACAACAAUAACAACAACGACGAUGUCGUGAGACUGCGGUGGCAAUGGUACAUAGGCACAAAACGACGACGGUAUACCCAUUCUUCAACAAGAAGGGCCACUGCUGUGAAAAAGGGGCAGUGCCCGAAACGUCGCCUGUGAUAUAUUUAUAUACCCCCUCUACCACCUUUCUAUGGGCAGUGUAUUACAUAUAAUCUGAUUAAUAUUUUUUAUAGAGCGCCUUCACUCAACGCGCUUGACCGAGCUUACAAAACGGUGACAGAAUGGAAAAUGAUGCAGUUGACAAGGGGCGUGCCACGAUAAUUGAGGGAUGAGGGGGACGC